UUUCGCCUGGAUCUAUCAUAUCGCCGGUCGAUUAGCGCGCCUGGACUCCAUCUACACUUCAGCGUGAAACAAAAACUUUCACGCUUCACAGCAGUUUCCUCUUUAAACUACUAAAGAGCUGCAAACGGACUUUUAUCCAGUUACUUUCACACCGUGAGGAUCUUCGAUUGUAGCUGCAACUCAUCGGUUAGCGCGGCUAACCCUGUUAGCCGCUUUAGCCCGCAGAUGAGGAAGCUAACUAGCCGAACUUAAAGCUAGCCGAGCGGAGAUCUGUCGGAGAAGAGAAGAAACGACGAGAAGCAGACAUGCAGGAGAUACUCGCUAAUGUGGACCACAUCAAGUUUGACCUGGAGCUGGCGGUGGAGCAGCAGUUGGGGGCACAACCGCUGCCUUUCCCCGGCAUGGACAAGUCCGGGUCUGCUGUGUGCGAGUUCUUCAUGAGAGCAGCCUGUAUGAAAGGUGGGAUAUGUCCGUUCCGUCACAUCAGUGGUGAGAAGACAGUGGUGUGUAAACACUGGCUCAGAGGACUGUGUAAGAAGGGAGACCAGUGUGAAUUCCUCCACGAAUAUGACAUGACCAAGAUGCCUGAGUGCUACUUCUACUCCAAGUUUGGGGAGUGCAGCAACAAGGAAUGUCCAUUCCUACACAUAGACCCAGAGUCUAAGAUUAAGGACUGUCCCUGGUAUGACCGAGGCUUCUGCAAACACGGUCCCGACUGCAGACACAGACACACGAGAAGAGUAAUCUGUAUGAACUACCUGGUGGGCUUCUGUCCAGAAGGAAAAUCCUGUAAAUUUAUGCACCCCAGAUUCGAAUUGCCCAUGGGAGCAUCUGAGCAGCCGCCUUUGCCGCAGCAAACGCAGAACCAGACAAAGUCUGUGCCUUCGAUGGGCCGCUCCUCGCUCUCCUUAAUCCAGCUGACCAACUCCAGUCCUGGCCAGCGGCAGCAGAACAACAACAACAUGGUCGGCAUUCAACACAAUAACAUGUCAGCCAACAGAGGGCCCCGGCCCCUGGACCAGGUCACCUGCUACAAGUGUGGUGAGAAGGGCCACUACGCCAACAAAUGCACUAAAGGCCAUCUGGCCUUCUUGAGUGGACAGUAACCUUCUGCUCCGAGGCGCGAAUACCACAGUGCUGCAGCUCACUGCCCCAGUGAGGCCGCCGAUUGCUGAAAGAUGCAGAGAGAAAGAAGAAACCUCUCAAACUGGACACCAGAAUGACAAACUGCAUGGGUUGGUCUAGUUUUUUUUUUUUUUUUUUUCUACAGAG